UUUUUUUUUUUUUUGUAUUUUGUAACUUGUGGAUAAUGCGCCUGCUGUUGAAUGUCAGUGACUUCGCGGAUGCGGAGGAUUUGCCCAGAAACGAGGGUCUGGCCCGGGUGGAGAUCGCGCUGCUCGGCGUCAUCUUCGUGACCGCCGCCAUCCUCAAUACCACCCUGCUGCUGGUCCUCUGGAGGCAGCGCAAACAAAUGUCCAGGAUGCGCGUGUUCGUCUUUCACUUGUGCGUGGCGGACCUGGUGGUGGCUUUUUUCCAGGUGUGCCCUCAGCUCAUGUGGGAUAUCACGGACAGAUUCGUCGGACCCGACUUGGUGUGCCGCCUCGUGAAGUACCUGCAGGUGCUGGGCAUGUUCUCAUCCACCUACAUGAUCGUGGUGAUGACGGUGGACAGAUACCAAGCCGUCUGCAAACCCAUGGUGACGUUCCAGCGGACGCGCACGAGACUGAACCUCCCCGUGUGCGUGGCGUGGGGGGUCUCCCUGCUGGGCAGCCUGCCGCAGGCUUUCAUUUUCUCUCAGGUGGAGGUCGUGCCGGGCGUCUUUGACUGCUGGGCUGAGUUCAUCCAGCCGUGGGGGCUGCAGGCUUACAUCACUUGGACCACGCUGGUCAUCUUCAUCCUGCCCGUCACCACAGUUGUUGUUUGCCAAGUGCGCAUCUGCAGGGCCAUCCAGACCAACCUGCACAAAAAGACGCACAAGCUGUGCAGCGUGGGGGUCCCACCGCCACCCAGAGCCAGCGAAGUGACUGGCAUGUCCAAGGCCAGGGUGAAGACGCUGAAGAUGACUGUGGUCAUUGUGGUGACUUAUAUACUCUGCUGGGCUCCGUUCUUCACUGUGCAGCUGUGGUCCGCCUGGGACGCGCACGCGCCAAAGGAAACUGCAACUUUCACUAUUCUGAUGUUGCUGGCCAGCCUGAACAGUUGCGCCAAUCCCUGCAUUUAUCUUCUGUUCAGCAGUCAGUUUCCAAACAAGCUGGUGACUCUCCUCUUGUGCCGCCGCCGGCUUUGCGAUGGCAAGGAUCUGAUGCAGAACGAGGCGACGCUCGUCAGCACAAUACAUAUGAGCUUUAAAAAUGUCUCGGAGUUAAAGUGACUGCAGGAAAACAGUGGAUGAAAACCCCAGAGAUCUGCGUGUCCAGAAGAUUUUGUUUUUUACACCUGAGCUGUUUGGAGUCUUCUUUGGCAAAUAAAAAUGUGUUGUCGGGAAAAGUUAUUUUCUUGGACUCUUGGAACAAGUCUGGGUCUCAAUAUCAAACGUUUUGUCAAAAAGAAAUGCAUUUCUUAAUCUGAAUUGGACACGGAUUGAAGUCUGUUGUUUUGAUUUAAAAG